CGUGCGCUUCCCUUUCGCCUCGCAGCCUUCCCCCACCCAGUUUGCUCCCCUCCGGCCGCCGCACGGAGAAGCAGCCGCCAUGCAGGCCGCCGCCGCGCGCGCGCGUCGCGUCCUCGCGUCCCCGGCGGCCUCCGGGCUCCCCGGCAUUCUCUGGGCCCCCCGCCUCGGUAGCGCAUCAGGUGCUGAGGGUGCCCUCCUGUUGCAUCUCUAUGGCGUCCCCUCCUCGGCGUCCUCUCCGCAUCACGCCAGGGGCUUCUCCUCCUGCUUUGCCCCUCAAUCGCCUGGUAACCUUAUAUUCCCAACCAUGGCUUCACAAUGGCUGUGUGAGAAAUCAGUACAUUAUCAGAUGGCAACAGCUCAUUUCUCAACAGAAGCAAGUGAGGUGGAUCACCCUACAGCUCAUGUCACAGAAGCUGUAGAGGAGAUGUACCAGAAAAUGUUAAAAUCUGUUGAAGCUGAGACUAUGCCUCCAAAUGCCUGGUUGUGGUCGAUGAUCAGUAGCUGCUCCAAUAAGGAGGACAUCAAACUUCUCUUUCAAAUCUUGCAGAAGCUAAGAGUAUUUAGACUAUCAAAUCUUCGCAUCAAUGCUAACUUCAAUGACCAUCUCUGUAUGAAAGUGACUGAGGCUUGUGCUCGCGUGGGCACCCUUGACUAUGGGUUGAAGGCUUUAUGGAAGCAUAAUGUUUAUGGAAUCACACCAACCAUUGGUUCUGCUCAUUAUCUACUGCAACAUGCUAAAGAGCUAAAUGAUACUAAACUAAUGGAAAGCAUAAUGCAAGUCCUCAGGAGGAAUUCAUUGCCGUUGCAACCAGGCACUGCUGAUAUAGUCUUCAGCAUCUGCUACAAUGCUGAUAGAUGGGAUUUACUCUCAAAAUACGCGGACAGAUUUGUUAAGGCUGGCGUCAAGCUGCAUCGUACUGCUUUUGACAUUUGGAUGGAAUUUGCCGCCAAAGUUGGUGACUCCCAAUCUAUUUGGAACAUCAAUAGCUUAAGAGGCAAGUCAGUCAAACACUAUACACUUGCAACAGGUUUUGCAUGUGCAAAGGGUUCUCUGCUUGAUCGGAAGCCAGAAAAUGCUGCUGCCAUGAUUAAACUUCUUUACAAGCAUUUGCCUGAUCAGAAGAAACCAUUUGUGCAAGAUGAACUCCAAAAGCUGAUUGCUGAAUGGCCUACAGAGGUGGUUAAAAGGCAGAAGAAAGAUGAUAGGAAGGCGAUGGAAGAAGCUUUGAUUAAGGACAUCCCUACAAUGAUCAGCUGCCUGACAAAGUCGGGGCUCGACAUUCCUGUGGAUCUGGACAAGCUCACCCCCCAGCUCCAAGCAGCGUAGAGAAGAAGCACCGCUUGCCAGAUGUUGGCAGAUGGUGCGUAAAUGAUACCCGAAGUAGGGCUUUGUGGCACACGGGUGCAGGCAGGCAGGCAGCCAAGAUCAGCGCCCGGCCAUUUUGAUCCCAUGUGUUUUUUUGCUUGAUAUACGUGUAGCGCCUAACCUCUCGAUAAUAGCAUGUGUAUGCCGGUGCGUGGUAGAUGGCGCGGUCUGCUGUGGAUCUGUAUUGAUUUUUGUACGUUGCGCGAAACCUGCAAUUCCAUUUGUUUUUAGCUGUAAAAACCUGCAGCCAGCAGCUGUUGCCAUGUGCCAAGAUUGCUUUUCCUACAAGGAAAAAUGUCGUUUCCUGGAUUCUAAAUUUCUAAUAAUGUAAUGCAAUUUUCUUGUUGUA